ACAACGGCUUUGUUAUCAUAGGACAGAGAUUUGUAUAAAAUAAGCUGGCCUGAUUUGACUCUUGUCAAUUAUCUGGGAGCGUCGACACAAUGAAGCGGUCACAGAAACUAGGUUUCCUUUUCACUGCAAUAUCACUGCUACUAGUAUGUAUAACCUUCUGUACCCCUGGUAUGUACAUCUUACGUAUCCAUAAAAACAAGAAGGUACCCACGACACAAGAGGUUACAAAAAUAGUUGGAAACAAGACCGUCCACGUGAGGGAACCGGUCACCGUGUUUAUCCCUACGAUUGUGACAUUGUCGUGCGGUCUGUGGUACUUCAGCGCCUGUGUUCCAGAAUACUGUGAUGUCCAUUCUUAUCAGCACGCCAAACACGCCGCUAGACACUUCGACGAACCGCUACAGGGCAUGGACAUGGAGGAGAUUUACGACCACAUCGGGGAUAUCGCCAAAUUUGCUUUCCUGGAGUUCCAAGUCGAGAUAACGACGUCACUAUUCUGCGUGAUGGCCUCGCUGGUGACAACUUUGUUGUAUUACCGAGGACGUAAAUACCGUAGAUGCGUCGGUCUUACUGCCUUCAUCAACACGCUACUGGCAGGUAUCUUUCUCGCCGUGGCCACUGCCAAGUGUGUGACGUUGAUUCUACAGUCACGAGUCCUCCUCAGCAGCAAUUUCGACUUCGACAUGAGUGUGGUUAAAUUUCGCUUCCCGUACGGUCUCCUUCUUUCCGGAUUGGCGGCCAUUUUUCUGUUUGGAUCCUCUCUGUCCCUGCUAUUGACUCUCACCGAUAAGAAAACGCUUAUACCUGACCAAGACUCAGAGGGCUUGAUAAUCAGAGAUAAGUCCAAAGAUAUUCCGAACAAUACGGUUUCUCCUGUUAAUUAAAUCAUCUAAUUGUAUAUAAAAGAUGGCAAACCA